CCCUCUGCUGGCCCACUUAUUAGAUGACCAGAGGUCCUCUAUGAGAGUAAGUGUUUGAUGCUUUUCUCUUUCAUUUUGUUAACAUUUCCAUAAUUGUUAUAUUUUUAGUCUGACUUGAUUAUAAACGAAUAGGACUGGAAACCUGCUUUUGGUGUAUGAGACCUAGAUGAGACGAGACUUCCUAAUUGCAUAGAGGGACUUGUCACCAGCUGCUGUUACUAAACUCUCCAAAGAUUGGAACUCCUAUUUCUGUUCUUAACUAAGUGCCGGACAUGAGUGGAACUGCUGGGAGAGGGAGGGUGAAAUACAGAAAACACAGAAUCCUCUAGAAAUUGCAGGCAAUGUGAAAUGAUAGGUUAUUUGGGUGUGCUUAGAAUCACCCUUUGGGACGCGGGUGGCGCUGUGGGUAAAACCUCAGUGCCUAGGACUUGCUGAUCAUAUGGUCGGCGGUUCAAAUCCCCGCGGCGGGGUGAGCUCCCAUCGUUCGGUCCCAGCUCCUGCCCACCUAGCAGUUCAAAAGCACUCUUAAGUGCAAGUAAAUAAAUAGGUACCACUUUAUAGCGGGAAGGUAAACGGCAUUUCCGUGUGCUGCGCUGGUGCUGGCUCGCCAGCUGCAGCUUCGUCACACUGGCCACGUGACCCGGAAGUGUCUUCGGACGGCGCCGGCUCACGGCCUCUAGAGCGAGAUGAGCAUGCAACCCUAGAGCCGGACACGACUGGCCCGUACGAGCAGGGGUACCUUUACUUUUACCUUAGAAUCAUCUGCACCGUUCAGUAAGAAGUGAUGUACAUGAAUACCUAACAUAUCAAUGUUAGGUCGUGUGUGCUCCCAAUUUGGUAAGAUGCUGGGCAGUAAAUUUGUUAAAUCUUAAAAUGCUUCUCUUUUCUAGACAUUGCUCUUGUGACAAUGAAGCAUUCUGUAAACUCUUCCUGGAGAAAGCGAGGGAGGGACAGAGACAGAAAAACACACUCACACACUUGAGGUGUAGCUAGGAUUUGUUAGUGAUUUCUGGGUCUGUUGCUCUUUAAGGCUUGUUCAAAGCUAUUCUAGGGGGGACCCUUCUCAGCACUGAAAGAAUUAAUUCCAAAAGAUUAUAACUGGAACCAGUUUAAAUGCUUCAACUAAAACGGCUUGCCUUUUCCUUUGUGGGGACCUUCAAAGCUCCAGCAGGCGAUAUUGAGGGAAAAGGAUUUUGAUUGCAUAUUAUACAUUUCCAUAAAUUGCUUCCACCUGUGCUUAGAAAUAUAAUUCCAAAGGAAAAGAAAGAAAUAUAAUUCCCUCUAUUUCCAAUGUUCAGGCCGUGAGUGCAGUUCCUCAUGUAACCAAAAUGGCACCAUCUGCGCACAAGAGAAAUGUAUCAGCAGGCUUGGGACAACUCCAAGGUUUGCCAAAAUAUAAAAAAAAAAUUAGGAAAAACCCCAUUGUGUAGGAAAACUUGGGGAGGAGGGGUAAUGAGGACUGAUCAUGCCCAGAGGCCAUGAAAUGCUGACUAGAAACGGGUGGGUGGGGGAAAACUAUGGGGAAGGGGAAUGGAAUAGUGUGGAAUGAUUGAAAUCCUGUUGAUUUGUCAAACUCUGAUGCUGCCCAGCCGGAGUUAGGAUGGUGCCCUAAUAUAUGAAUCAACCCAAGCCCUUAGAUCAGCAGCGCAGCCCUGUUUGUGGUCCCAACAAAGGAUGUGGCCUGUCAAAUGGGCAUCCAGGGCAGGGCCUUCUCUGUGGUGGCUCUGCAAUUAUGAUCUUCCCUCCCUUGAAGGCAAAAAUGGUUAAGACUCUGAUGGGUUUCCAGCACAUGCUGAAGGCUCCCUUGUUUUCCCAAGCCUUUGGAAGCCAUGUUGAGAUUUAUUUUUCAUCCUCUAGUCUUUUUUAGUAUUUUUCACCAAUUACUUUGUUUUACUGUGGGUUUUCUUUUUUAAAAAAGGGUUUCUGUAAAUCUUAUUAUGUUUGCUUUACGUAAACUGCUUUGAGCUCAUGGCCUGAUGCAAAGCAGCAUAGAAAAACUCUUAAGGGUUGCAUUCAACUAAGCUGUACUCAGACUAGACCCACUGACACAAACCAACGUUACUCACCUUCAUGAACUUCAGUGGGUCUAAGAUGAUUAGGACUAGGGCUGGAGACAGACCUAAAUAAAUAGAGAAGUAAAUAUCUAGAAACACUACAUACUACAAAGGCUCCAUGUGGGCAGAUAGGGAAGGAAGGAAGACUGCAAACCCUCAUUUCUCACUUUCUUCUCCCACUCUGUUCUCUAGGCUGGAAAAGCUGCGGAUCCCCAUUCAAAAGAGGAAUGCCAACAUUGACGCAGCAGAAGAGGGAUACCAGGCAAUAGCCUCUGAACCAGAGGGCCUGGGAGGUUUCCUUUCUGCCAAGAUAAAAAGGAGGAUGUUUCUACGGAGGAUGGGGAACAGCUAAAAAUGGCCUGGAGCUGCUGCAAAGAUAACGUCACGGCCCCCAUGCCUACCUCCACGCCUAUGCGGCUGGAAGUACCAACGGCAGUCCCCAGAAACAAGAACCGAGAAGUCCUAAGUACAAACAACUAUCCCCUUCCUCACUGCUGUAGAAGUGAAACCCCUGUGUUUCCAGCACGCUCAACCCACAAUGCUCUGAUAGCCCAGCACAAUUCACAUGUCAGUUGUUUGCCCCAUGGGACUCUGGCAGUAGCAGUUAGUGGGGUGACAGCAUUUACCUGACCUCCCAUCACUGAUAUCAUCGCAGCUUACCGGGAGGGGAAAAGGGUUGUGAGGUCAGUCAGCUGCAAACGUACUGGCGGGAGUGCUGGAUUGGCUCCACCAAUGUGCUUAUGUUGUGCUCUCUCCCUCCCAGCAAGUCACCUCUCUCCCUCCCAGUAAGCUGCCGUGGCUGCUUGUGGAGCAUACGCAACACAGGACUGUCCAGGUGACAUGGCUCAGAAGUCAGAACCCUGGGGGCUGGGGAAGACUUGGACGCAGGGCCCAUCCUCUGAAAGACCUUCAGAAGCCACUACCCCACUGGAGAUUUUCAGCAGAGGGGUUCCCCAGGAGUUAAUGAAGCCUUCACCUCCACAACCUGAGGAGAUAGCCCUGACCUGUCCUCCAAGCCUCAGGAUAUGUCCUCAGAACCCUCAGCAGUACGGAAAGACACCUCUCUGUGGCCUAGGGAAAGCAGAAAGUUGCUCAGCUCUGUCAGAGCCAGGACCUGAGGAACAAACCAUGGCUCCCUUAAGCACCGACAGUUUCCUGUGGAGUUGGGAGCAUCCAAGUCUUUAGCAGCCUUUCUCAACCUGUGGGUCCCCAGAUGUUGUUGGACUACAACUCCCAUCAUCCCUAGCUAGCAAAGCCAGAGCUCAGGGAUGAUGGGAGUUGUAGUCCAACAACAUCUGGGGACCCACAGGUUGAGAACCGCUGCUUUAAAGCCUCCAGCCCAUUUACCCUGCAUCCAGUGUGCUGCUGGUUUGCGAAGCAGCGUGCACACGUCACAUCAGUCGCAAUCUCUCCUAUCAUUUCUUAUGAAACACGGUUUUUUGAAGCGUUUCCCCCUCAAACCAGCUUUUCUCCAAAAGAAAAAGAACCACCCAUUUUUUAAGAAAAAGAACCACCCAUUUGCAUUGUAAACUGGAAAUGUGUCCACAGCCUCAGUUAGCUUACUACCACUGUCUUGCAUACAGCCUGACUCAAUCCGGCUCCACUGUGAGCUGACCGUGGUCCUAUUUCCCCCCUGCAGGUUCUAGCCUGGAACAGCAGUUUGCUCCAGGCAGUCUGUGCAGAAGUUUAUUCUUGGGAUGCUGCUGCUGCUAACAAUGAUACCCUGCCUAUCUGGCUGGGUUUCUCCAGCCACUCUGGGCAGCUUCCAGCACAUAUAAAAAUGUAAUAGAACACAGUGGAGACAGUAAUGUGGAACAACCUUCUCUCCUCCUCAUCUGUUUUCGUAGGUGUGCAAAGAGGCCUGUCUGUAGCAGGCAGGCUUCAGGCUGGUGGCAACUGAAGCUUGCUCUAAAUUUGGAAGAAUCAAGGCUGAUAUUUUUUGAUAUUGUGGAACAGUAGAAGCAGGGUUCCUCUCUGUGACUGUGCACGUGCUAUACCUUUAAAGAGCAAUCAGAUAAUUAUGGGCGCCAUAAUUUACAAACCACAGUCCCCAUAAUUCUUUGAAGGAGGGAGAAUGCACUUGAAGGGUACUUGAAAUAUAUAGUGUGCAUCCAGACUCUGUCUGGGAGUAGCCAUCUUACUGUGUUCACAUGAUUUACUUGUGGGAAGUGGCUGAGAAGCCCAGUUGGCUGGAUCAGAUGUGUCAUGUGGAACAAGAUGCAAAAUAAAGCUCUUGCCUUAGAUAGCUGUUUAUCCAGCAUAGCGCUUUUGCACGUUGCAAACUUCUUUGAGAAUACAGCUGCCCUCCCUCUGCCACCCAUGGCUCUGUGGUGAUGUGUUGGGUUGAGUAAUGGAGAAAUAAUUUUCCUCCAAACCCUUCUAUGCACAUGGGGUGGUUUAACCGAGGGCAGCUUCUUACAGUCGUACCUGGCCAGGUGGGCAAUUUAUUCAGGCAUGUUUGCUGUUUUGGUAGUUGCUUAUAUACUGGAGCACGAGGAGGAUGACGACGAUGAAGAGGAAGAGCAAAAGCAAAAGCAAAAGAAAGAAUCAGAAAAAGAGCAAGAACAAGAGCAAAGAAAAGUACAAGAACAAGAACAACAAAGGGUACAAGAACUAGAAGCAAAAAGAGUACAAGAACUAGAAGCAAAAAGAGUACAAGAACAAGAAGCAAAAAGAGUACAAGAACAAGAAGCAAAAAAAUUUCAAGAACCACAAAAAAUACAGGAACAAGACAAAACACGGCGGCCAUCAAAAGGUCAAGGUUGGUGCAUAAAACCAAGAAAAUACUUAUCAGUUUAAGAAAAGUAUAUUAUAACCUUCCAACUUCUGCCCGCCCAACACUUGUUCCAAGUGUAGAAUGCACAGUGUCUUGUGUCAAUAUGUGUCUAAAGAUUCCCUUAGAACUAUACAGGGUACACUGUAUAUAGUAUGCCACUCCCAGCUUGCAACAAAAAGGGCAACCCAGCUAGUCUUGUCUCUCUCCCAGUACAUAUGGUAUUGUCCACAGUGAGUCAGUGAAUAUGUUCCAAUCGGUGUGUCCUUUACACAUUAGAGCUUUUCUUUGGGCUACAGCACACACCUCCUCUUGCAAUAAACAACUGCUACUCAGCUAGUCUUGUACCCCACUUAAAUAUUAUCCACAAUGAUCGAAUAGAUUCCAAGCUCUCUGUUGAUACAUAUCAAGAGAUUUCGACAAAGCAAGGAGACUAUCAUGUUACUAACACCCCCCUUUCCUUCCCCCACCCCACCCCUGGAAGAUGAUGAUAUUGAAAGGCCCUGCACCUCCAAAGAUGCAUCUGAUGGGACGGAGGCAGAGACGCAAACCAAUCCACGCUAUUUCCCUAAAUCACCAAAAAAGAUCACAUUGGAUGAGAUCCUGCUUGGAAUGCAGAAGAUCGAGUUCACCAUCAGUAACACAUGUAAGUCAGGAGGACCUUUCAUUUUUAUGGAAUGGGAUUUGAUUAAGCAGUAGAGGGUGUGUGACUGUCAAGAGCAUAUUGAUAUUGAAGUUGCAAAGGGAGAUGGGGGGGGGGGUUUGGCUACACCCACUGCUGUCUCUGCCCUUCCCCACUGCUGGUGUGCUCCCAAGGUUACCCCCAAGGGAAUGCAACACUCAACAGAAAAAAAGCUUCCUCGCUUCUUUGCACCCUGCUAUAAUUCCUGUUUUUUUACUUCUGUAUCAUUCUUGCCACUACAGGUAACUCGCAUUUGACACUUUUUUUACUUACGUGGUUGCAUGUAAUAAAAAAUUUAAGGUCUUAAACAGUGGUACCUCGGGUUACAUACGCUUCAGGUUACAUACGCUUCAGGUUACAGACUCCGUUAACCCAGAAAUAGUACCUUGGGUUAAGAAAUUUGUUUCAGGAUAAGAACAGAAAUCGUGCCCUGGCGGCAGCAGGAGGCCCCAUUAGCUAAAGUGGUGCUUCAGGUUAAGAACAGUUUCAGAUUAAGAAUGGACCUCCAGAACGAAUUAAGUACUUAACCCGAGGUACCACUGUAUAUAUAAUAAAUGUUCAUAAAUGUACCAACCAAGCACGUACAUAGAUCAGCACAAGAAGACCGACCUGAAACCAUUCUGACUCCUAAACUGACCAAAUGUUUUCUCUUCAAGGAGGGAGGGGGUAAGGGAACCUUCCCAUUGUCUCAGGAAUUGGGUAAUCACCAUCUCAAAGGAAUGGCCAGACUACCAGGAAAGGCAAUCAGAUAAGGCAUUAUCGAUAACCUGGCACACAGGAAAAACAACAACAUUCAAAUUUCUGCUGUAGACCGCCUUUUCUGUGAUGUUGGUAUGAUGUUUGUAGAGGGUGGUCUUGGGUUACACCCCUUCUGUGAUGCAUGUAUGAUGUAUGGCGGGGUGGUCUUGAGCUCCAGAGAAGGCAAUUUAAAAUGUCUAUAUGAGGGCAGGCACCCCUUUAUUCUGGGUCCGCCUCCUUUCUCCUGCAUGUGAGGGAAGCACCCUGUUGCAACAUUUUAAUAAAGAUCAGGCUUACUAGCUGCUUUGCUUCUCAAUAUUCUCUGGUUGGCCUCUGCUAUUUUCUCCUACUGAUGGAGAACGUACAAAGGACUGUAUAAGGGCUCUUGUGUCCCCCAUAAGGGAGUAAGGGCAGAUUUUGUUUACAACAGCAGAUUUGCAAUUUGUGGGGGAGAUAAAUAGAUGGAGAGUGGAGGAAACCCAGGGGUGUAGAUUCAGGAGUUUGUUUACAACAGCAGAUUUGCAAUUUGUGGGGGAGAUAAAUAGAUGGAGAGUGGAGGAAACCCAGGGGUGUAGAUUCAGGAGUUUGUGGCUUUUACACAUAUUUGUGUAUACACGUGGACCCCCAUAACCUAACCUUCCCAUAAGAUGUGAGUUACCUGUAUUUGAAACCAGUUGUCACAGAGUGUGUGUUGAAGCAAUAGUUGUUCUGGCCUAGUCAAAAAUAAUGCUGUUUCAUUGCAGUGAGAGACUUUGAGCAGCGCCUUUCCCGCUUGGAGCAGAUCGUUUUGAAAAUGAGGAAUGCGUGGAUCCACCACAGAACUUGCCAUCUAGAGGGUCUGGAAUAUGACGAUGAACAGGAUUAAUAUUUUUUUCCUCUCCUGAUUUUAUUGGUUUUGUAGAUUUGCAAAUCGACAUCCUUCCCCCAUCCAAUAAAAAAUAUUUAUUUGGGAAUCAAUAA